UUCUCUCUCUCUCUCCCACUCUCUCCCUCUCACACACAUCAAUUCGAUUCCGCUGUUUUUAGAGGCAAGUUGGCUCUUUAUCUCUCAUGUUAUCGGUUAUAAAUUAUCUGUGCUUUCUUCAUGCUUCACCGCUACUGGUAUGCGAGCUUGAAAUGAACGACACUUUUGGAUGGGGAAGCUACCAAUGGAGAUCAAGUCUUCCUUUACCAACUCAGAAAAAUAAAAGUAUAUAAUUUUGAGUUGCUGCUCAGUCUGUGGGUGUGUGUUACGGGAUGCUCGGCAACAACUUGCCAUCGCGGCCGGAAGCGGUGCAGCUCAUUCAGUCCGUGGGCUUCAAAAAGGUCCGGCUGUACGUCCCAGACGGGGGCGCACUUGACGCUUUAAGGAAAACGGGAAUCGAAGUCAAUCUGGGUAUGUACAAGGAGGAUCUCCAGCGGAUGGCCAACGACGCCUCCUUCGCCAGCUCCUGGAUCUCCAGCAACGUCCAGCCAUACUUGCCGGACGUCAACUUCAAGUACAUCACCGUCGGCAACGAAGUCAUCCUCCAUGCGGAGGCCCAGUACGUGCUACCCGCUAUGAAGAACAUGGUCAACGCCCUGGGCUCGGUCGGUCUCCGAGACCAGAUCAAGGUGUCCACGUCCGUUUCCAUGGAGGUCAUCGGCGUCUCCUAUCCUCCCUCUCAAGGUUCAUUUUCCGAUCAAGCCGCUCCCAUCAUGGGCCCCAUCGUCCAAUUCCUAGCCAGCACCGGCGCCCCUCUCAUGGUCAAUGUGUACCCGUACUUCAGCUAUGUGGGCAACCGCCAGAACAUACAACUUGACUAUGCACUCUUCACCGCGAACCGGGUUGUGGUCAAAGACCCUAACAAUGGGCUGGAAUAUAGAAAUCUGUUUGAUGCCAUGGUAGAUUCAGUCAAUUCAGCGAUGGAGAGAGCUGGUGCCGCCGGUGUUCCCAUCCAGGUGUCCGAGAGUGGGUGGCCAUCGGCUGGAGGCAACGACCCGACUGUCACUACCAUCGGGAAUGCUCAGACCUAUAACCAAAACCUGGUGGGGCAUGCUGCACAGGGCACGCCAAAGAGGCCGGGGCCCAUGGAGAUUUUUGUGUUUGCUCUAUUCAAUGAGAACCAGAAGACGCCCGUUGGCGUCGAGAACAAUUGGGGCCUCUUCUACCCUAACAAGCAGCCCGUAUAUUCCUUCAGCAUAAACUAGGAGCUCAAAGGUCCAAAAGCUAUCUAGCUUAGUUAUGGACAAUAGUAGCACUCUUAUGAGUUUUUUUUUUUUU